CUAUGGGAGCUUGUUGUACUAAUAGACCUAUAAAUCCAGUUGAAGAAGGACUCAAUACUCAUGUUGGUCCAAAUAAGAAGAAAAGGAACGAUCUUGAUAAAGCAAUGAACUUGUUGUUUAAGAGAAAUAGUUCUUCAAUGACUCUUAGCCUCAGGUUUACGGCUAGAGAGCUCCCCACCAUGGAUUCAGGAUCUAAGACGGACUCGUUUGCCGUGAUUUAUCAGUCGAAUACAGACCCUGAACAAGGAGAAGUAGGCAAGUGGGUAGAAGUUGGAAGGACUGAAGUUAUUAUGAACACCAAUGAGCCAGAGUUCAUCAAGACUGUCCAAGUAGAGUACCACUUCCAGGAAGAUCAAGAGUUGAUGGUAGCUCUUUAUGAUAGUGACAAGUUUAAUGACGAAGAGAUUUCUCUUGAAGACUCAGAGUACAUUGGACAAGCAGAGUUUAGACUUCAGACUCUGGUCUCCAAUGCAGACAGAGAAAUAGAGUUUCCACUCUUCAGUAAGAAAUCAAGCCAAGAAGGUGGAAAAGAAGGGGAAGGAGAAGGAGAAGAAGAAAAGCAUGCUGAAGAAGAAACUAAAGAAGAAGACCAGACAGCUAAAGGAUUCGUCAAAGUUCAUUUUGAGGAAGAUCUCAGCUGCACCAACCAAGAUCUCAAGCUUGUUAUAUCUUUGCAUGAAGGUAACUUUGCUGAAGAUAAGGCUUAUUUUAUUGAAAUUGAGAAGGUUAAUCCAGAUUCUGCUGAAAAAACAGUCUCCAUUUUCAAGACAGAGAAGGUCACAUUUCACAGUGAAUCUUUGACACAAUUUAAGGAUAUCAACAUUCCUUUGGAUUGAUUCUUAUUUAUUAAGAACACUGUGAUCAAUGAAAAGGAAAUUCCACUCAAAUUGGUUGUCAAGCAAUAUAUCCCUUCAGGAGAACACCAGAAAAUUGGAGAGAUAUCCACAACUAUUGGAGAUCUUCUAGAAGGGGAUUCUGAGAUUAAACUAGAAGUCAAAGAAUCUGAAAAUACUUUCUCUUUGAAGAUAGAGGAGUCAGAGUUGACUAAGGUGAACUCCUUCUUAGACUACAUUACCAAUGGGUGCCAAAUGGCCUUAGUAGCUGGAAUUAGUUUUGGAGCUUCAAACAAGACUGGAGGUCCUGAUGGCAAGAACCUGCACUCCACUGAAUUGAAGGACAACUACUACUUUAUUGCGACUCAGCAGAUUGGAAAUAUCUUGCUCAAUUUUGAUUCAGACAAGCAAGUCCCUCUAUAUGGAUUUGGAGCAAUUAUUGAUGAAAGAUAUUACAAAACUAAUGUUUCUAACUGUUUCGCUUUGAAUGGAAACAGCUUCAGACCUGAAGUUUUUAAUGUUGCAGGCAUCCAAGCUUACUACAUCAAUGCUAUCAACAACAUUGAGUUAGGAGAGGCUACUUUGCUCGCUCCAAUGCUUCAAAGAUGGAAUGAAAUGGUGUCUUUUGAGGUAGAAAAUAACAUAAGGAAGUACUACACUUUCUUGAUCCUUACUGAUGGAGCAAUCCAAGAUAAAGACGAAACAAUAGAGCAGAUAGUCGCUUCGACUAAGCUCCCAGUCUCAGUGAUUAUAGUAGGAAUCGGUAAUGGAGAUUUCUCAGAUAUGGAAUUCCUUGAUUCAGAUGGAUCCCCUCUUUUCUGCCAAAAAACUCAGACAUUUGCUAAGAGAGAUAAUGUACAGUUUGUAAAAUAUUCAGAUAACAAAGGAGACACUCAAAAGCUUGCUAGCGAGACCUUGCAGGAGUUGCCCCGCCAAAUGUUGGAGUACUUCGAAGGCAAAGAGAUCGAACCUAAGGAUAUGAAGCUAAAUUCUCAGAACAACGAGGUUAAGGACUAUAGCUCUCAUAAGGCUAUGCAGCUAAUUUCAAAUGAAUUCUUCAAGACUCAAGUCAAUUCAGAUAAGAGACAAGAAAUAUUGACUCAGGGAAUUGCUGACCCAGACACAAUUGAUUACGAGAGUCUGGUUGAUGGAUAUCAGAACAAGCUGAAGAUUUAAUAAAAUCGUGCAUAUUUAGAUUAUUCAAUA